AUGUAUCACGCAUUGUGAUGAUGUAUCACGCAUUGUGAUAAUGUAUCACGCAUUGUGAUAAUGUAUCACGCAUUGUGAUAAUGUAUCACGCAUUGUGAUAAUGUAUCACGCAUUGUGAUAAUGUAUCACGCAUUGUGAUAAUGUAUCACGCGUUGUGAUAAUGUAUCACGCGUUAUGAUAAUGUAUCACGCGUUGUGAUAAUGUAUCACGCGUUGUGAUGAUGUAUCACGCGUUGUGGUGAUGUAUCACGCAUUGUGGUGAUGUAUCACGCAUUGUAGUGAUGUAUCACGCAUUGUGGUGAUGUAUCACGCAUUGUGAUGAUGUAUCACGCAUUGUGAUGAUGUAUCACGCAUUGUGGUGAUGUAUCACGCAUUGUGAUGAUGUAUCACGGACGUCCCGCUUCACUCGCCGCGAUUCCUCGCUCGACAGCCAAGGGGCAGUGUCGCCCCAUCCUCUCCCUCUGCAGCACGCACCCACACGCACACAUCACAACACAUCACACGCACCCCCACCCGUAUCCCCCUCGUCACACACCCCCCGCCCCACCACCAGCAGCUGGAGGAUCCUUAAAAUCACAGCGGGCGAGUGCGAGUGGGGAGAUGUUGGGUGAGCGCGCAGCGGAGACCCGGGGAGCUGCGCGGGGCUCUCGGCGUUUGGUGGGGCGAGUCGAGCGGCGAGUCGAGCGGGAGUCGAGCGGGAGUCCCGUAGCCCGAGUCGGGAUCCGGGUCGCGGGAUCUGAGCGGCGGAGACCGGGAGAGACCGGGAGCCGCGUAUCGGAGUCACGGGCCACGGUCGCCGAUGCAGAUUUAAUGACGCGACCGUCGGAUGGCAGAACAUUGCUGUGAACAUCACCGCUGCCACCAUCGCUCGCACAGUGGCUCCAUCUACAUCACCUGACUCCCAUCGCCACCGGCACGCCACCGCAGCUACCUCGCCUGACUGCCGCACCGGAACGGCGACUCCACAGGAAUCGGCAACUGCCGUCGUCGCUGGCAUCACCGUGACGCCGAAGUGUUGAUGUUGUUCGGCCGAAAAACAUGAAGACAAACUCGGCACACAUCACCUGAGCACGACAGAUCAAAUCAGCCCAAUCGGCCUGGGUCACUCUCAACUCCACACUCACCUCUCGCUCACCUCGACACUCGCCACCAUCCCCACUGCCUCCCUCGCUCAAACUCACGCGUACCCAAGAGAGGUGAACUUCACCGUCCACCACCCGCCCGACAUCAUCGCGAACGCACUCACCCCUUUACGACCGCCCUCGCUCACCCCCCCCGCCCGUUCCCCACGCUCGCGUCCGGCGCGGAGAUGGAGCCGAGCAGCGGGCCGCACGGGCCCCGGGGUCCGAUCUGAUCCACGCGUCUCCACAGCUCUGCCUGCUCGCCCCCACCAUGCUGGGCCUGUGCCGCCGGCGGGCCCGCAUCCUGCUCGCCACGGCAACGCUCCUCUUCGUGCCCAUGGUCACGUGGCUGUACCUCUUCACAGGGAGCUUCGAAGGCGGGGCCCUGGCCUGGGCCCAGUCGAACGUCCUGCAGCACGCCGGCAAUCCCCGUGCGGUGCAGGCGGCGCAGGGGGGGGCGGGCACGGGCGUCCUAGGCGCUCGGGGGGGGGGCCCGUCCCCCGCGAUGGGAGGAGGCGCCGACGGCGAGGGCCCCGGCGGCUCGGGAGGGGGGCGGCACCACGGCAGCCGGCGGGCGCUGGAGCUGUGGGCGCGCGAGGUGGAGGAGGAGAACCGGCAGCUGCGCCGCAGACUCGGGCUGGGCGCCGGCGGUGGCGCCGGCAACCGCACCCGCUUCUCCCCCCCCGCAUCGUCGUCCGGCGAGGACGCGGCUAAAGCCGGGAUGGGCGCCGGAGGCGGCGCGGCGGGCAACAGCAGCGAGUGCGCGAAGCACCCGGCCGUGCAGAAGUGCGAGGUGAUCCACAUCGCCAUCGUUUGUGCCGGCCACAACGCGAGCCGAGACGUCGUCACCCUCGUCAAGUCCAUCCUCUUCCACCGGAGGAAUCCUCUGCAUUUCCACUUCAUCGUGGACCACACGGCUCAGCACAUCCUCAGCACGCUCUUCAAGAUGUGGAUGGUGCCAUCACUCCGCAUCGACUUUUAUGGGGCCGACGAGCUCAAGUCCGAGGUGUCGUGGAUCCCCAAUAAGCACUACUCCGGUAUCUAUGGCUUGAUGAAGCUGGUGCUCACGCAGGCCUUGCCACCCUCGCUCGAGAAGAUCAUCGUCCUCGACACCGACAUCACCUUCGCCACCGACAUCGCCGAACUCUGGGCCAUCUUUCACAAGUUCAAAGGUCAGCAGGUGAUUGGGCUGGUGGAGAAUCAGAGCGACUGGUACCUGGGCAACCUGUGGAAGAAUCACAAGCCCUGGCCAGCACUGGGGCGAGGCUUCAACACAGGCGUGAUCCUGCUACUGUUUGAGCGGCUGCGUCAGAUGAAGUGGGAUCAGAUGUGGAGACUCACGGCGGAGCGCGAGCUCAUGGGCAUGCUGUCCACGUCGCUCGCCGACCAGGACAUCUUCAACGCGGUGAUUAAGCAGAACCCGGUGCUCGUGCACCAGCUGCCCUGCUUCUGGAACGUGCAGCUCUCAGACCACACGCGCUCUGAGCAGUGCUACAAGGAGGUGUCGGACCUCAAGGUGAUUCACUGGAACUCACCCAAGAAGCUGCGAGUGAAGAACAAGCACGUGGAGUUCUUCCGCAACCUCUACCUCACGUUCCUCGAGUACGACGGCAACCUCCUGCGCCGGGAGCUCUUCGGCUGCGCCAGCGACGGCGACGCUGAGAGCGAAGCGCUGCAGAAGAAGCUCUCGGAGCUGGACGAGGACGACCUGUGCUACGACUUCCGGCGCGAGCGCCUCACGGUGCACCGCACGCACCUCUACUUCCUGCACCACGAAUACGUGCCCAGCGCUGACGGCACCGACGUCACGCUCGUCGCACAGCUCUCCAUGGAUCGGCUGCAGAUGCUGGAGACGAUUUGCCGCCACUGGGAGGGCCCCAUCAGCCUGGCGCUCUACAUGUCGGACGGCGAGGCGCAGCACUUCCUGCGCUACGCGCAGGCCUCCGAGAUCCUGUCACGCCGCGACAACAUCGGCUACCACGUGGUGUACAAGGAGGGCCAAUUCUACCCGGUGAACCUCCUGCGCAACGUGGCCAUGGGCCAGGUGAACACGCCCUACGUCUUCCUCUCCGACAUCGACUUCAUCCCCAUGGAUGGCCUCUAUGACUACAUUCGGAGGUCGAUCCAGCAGCUGGACAUGGCAAGCAGCAAGAAGGCGCUGAUCGUGCCGGCGUUCGAGACGCUGCGUUACCGCUUCUCUUUUCCCAAGUCCAAGGCGGAGCUGCUCUCCAUGCUCGACAUGGGCACACUUUACACCUUCCGGUACCACGUGUGGACUCGGGGCCACGCGCCCACCAACUACGCGCGCUGGCGCACGGCCACCACGCCGUACCGCGUCGAGUGGGAGGCCGACUUCGAGCCGUACGUGGUGGUGCGCAGCGACUGCCCCGAGUACGACCGCCGCUUCGUGGGCUUCGGCUGGAACAAGGUGGCGCACGUCAUGGAGCUCGACGCGCAGGAGUACGAGUUUGUGGUGCUGCCCAAUGCGUUCAUGAUCCACAUGCCGCACGCGCCCAGCUUCGACAUCGCCAAGUUCCGCUCGAGCCAGCAGUACCGUGCAUGCCUCAAGACGCUCAAGGAGGAGUUCCAGCAAGACAUGUCGCGCAAGUACGGCUACGCCGCCCUCAAGUACCUCACCGCCGAGAAGAACAGCUAGGAGGCGCGUGCUGUGCGGCGCCGGCGCCCGUGGCGACCGCGUCCACGGUAACGAGGCCCGCACCCGUCAUCCCCGCCACUCGGCCACGGUGAUUUCAAAGCGGCUGGCGGAUUUCCUGGCCGCGAAGCCGGGAGCGUCGUCUGCGUUCAGCGGGGGUGGAGAGCGACACGGUCAGCCGCUCGGCCUGGCCGGUGCCCAGUCGGUGCCCAACCGGUGCCCCCCGGUGGUUCCAGCGUGAGACCCCUUGCCGCGUAACGACUGGAGGCGUGGGCGACGCUGCAGUUGGAGUAACCGGGCCGCACGCUACGCGCCGCCACCACGGCCUCCUCCCACUCCUCACGCGUCUCGGCAACGUCUGAUCCAAGUUGACUCUGCCGAGCGAGCGGCACGGCUGCUUGCGAUUGGCUGCAAGAAAUUCUCCUGGCCCCCCCCCCCACAAACUCGGCUCUCUGGGGGCCACCGCCUGAGCCGCGGCGACGAAGGAGCGGUGCCCCUCGUCUCGAAACCGAGCAAGAGGCGUCGCAGACGUCCCUGCGACGCCGAAUACUUGAACCGUUUGGGGGGCACAGCCCCCCUCCCCUUUGGACCCUGGAGUUGUAUGCGCCCCCCUCACCCCCAGUGUGCGUGAUGUCCUUGCUGUUACUUUUACAUCCUCGAGCUUCUUCUGAGUGGUGCCACGGCACCUACUACUGGCCACCGUUGUGGCUCUUGUGUGUGUGUACAUACGUGUGGUACGUGUGUGUGCGUUCUUGUGUGUGUACGUAUGUGUACGCUCGUGCAUGCGUGAACGCGUGCGUGUGUGCGCUCGUGCGUGAACGCGUGCGUGUGUGCGCUCGUGCGUGAACGCGUGCGUGCGUGAACGCGUGCGUGUGUUCAGCUACUGUUGUGACGCGCUCGUUGCGUGGCCGCUGUUCCCGCGAGCGGCGAGCUGUUUCGGUGACGAUCCGGCGCGAAUUCACGCGACACGGCAACGCGACCGCAUCCCGACGUGCUGACCAGCGGAACCCACUCGCCACCACUACCACGACCGCUAUUACCACCGCCCCCACCACCACCAUCACCACCGCCGCCACCCAAAACUCUCACCGCAGCACGGAUCGACCUCCGGUGAGGAGCGCCGAGUGCGUUUUGUUUCGCUUCCCCCUCGUGGCUCGCGCCGCGCGAGUGUUUCGUGUUCUCGCGUCGAGCCCCGAGUGGUCACGUGGAACCGGGAGGGAGUGGGGGAGAGAGCAUCGGGGUCGCUCCACUCGUGCCGAGCGUCGGCAUUAAAGUCGAUCGCGGUGGAGACGGAGAGAGGGGGGUGGUGGAGGGGCGGAGAAGUGCGGUCACGGCGAGACACGGAGAGGGGAGCGAGGAGCAUGCGCCGGCAUUGGCCGAAUUGGCACUUGCGCGGUAAGGAUAAAGACGAGGGGUUCCUGGCCGGCGCUCUUUGCGCCGCCAAAAAAACCCGGAAAAGCUACCUCGUGCGCGUGACGAUGUGACAUCACCUGGGAGCGACUGGAACACAACCGUAACGGGAGUCGUCAUCCGUGCGGUGCCCGCGCCGUGCCGCGCCUCCCCCCCGGAGCGGCGCCGGCAUCGCGUGCUCGCGGACAUUUCCGUCUCGAGAGAUUUCUGCCCAAUAACGCGACCGCGUCUCCCGCCGCUGACGAAACCCCCGCCGGAGCGAAUUGCCACGGCGCGGGCGAGGGAGGUGAGACCCCCCCCCGCCCCCGCGCGUCGAGUCACCGGUUCGAUUAAUCGUCACAAUUUGGAGGUCACGACGAUUAAAUUUGUGUUUUUUUGUCAAGCCGCCGCGAGACAGAAACGAGGGGGAGAGACGGCGGCAUGGCGUCGUUUGUCGUACACACGAGGUGCGUUCGCUACAUCGCUCUGGGUGAAACGUCGACUGCAGACUUUGUUAUUUCGGGAUCGUUUGCAUUUACCGUGAAUCUCGACGUGAACGCGGGAGAGGGUCGGUUCGGUUCGACUCGGCGCGACGUAGCACCGUUGGCUCGAGACUCGCGUUCCAAUUGUCUGUCCCUCAUACGCAGUAGCGAUUUGAUGAAUUGUCGUCGCGGUUCAAAGCCGCGACUCGAGGACACUCUGGGAUUUCGCUGCUACGGCAGCAGCAGCACGGUGCGCGUGAACUAGCGGCGGGUCUCUCGCGAGUGGCAGCGCGGCCGCUUGUCCUGUGAGGCCGGGCCCCGGUGUCACUGCGGCCUGAGCCGCCUUCCGUGCUGGUGUGGGAACAGCGGAACCUCCAAUUAGCACGGCUAGCAGGAUCGGCUACGUACGGUGCGAAAGAAGUUCAACAUACAUACUGGCCGGCGGGAAGCCUCCGGUUCGGGUCGUUAGCGGCGUAGCUGUUAAGCACGCAGGCGGUGCAACUGCGCCGGUACCCACGGCCUGAAUGAGGCUCAGGCGCCAGGCUACAAAGGGUGGUUCCAGUGCGUGGUUCCGGUGCGUGGUUCCAAUGUGUAGUUCCGGUGAGAGUGUGGUUUCCACCUGUGUUUCUGGGUACGUGGUUCUGGUGCGUGUUUCCGGUGCGUCGUUCUAGUGAAUGGUUCUGGUCUGAGACUAACAGACACACACAGACCAACACACAUACACAGACCAACACA